AGGUGUGUCCGCAUGUUCUGUUGUUAUGGUAAUACGAAGUGCAGGUCAACUGUUUAUAGUUAAAGGGAAGACUAAAGAUCAGGACUACUAACAGCGCUUUCCAAGAGCUUACCUCCAUCCCUUAUUUGCCGUCGAGAACUUUGUCGGGAGUUUACUUUUUCAACUACAAUUAUAAACGGAAAACCUACAAACGAGUCGAUUAUAGAGAGCACAACAACGCAAUCAGGUGACCGAAGAUUUCAUAUUAAAAGCCGUUAAGCCUGUAAUUUGUUUUUCCUACUUGCCAUAAGAAAUCUUUAAGCAUCCCCGCUUGGCGAAUUAAUAAAUACGCAAAGUGAAAUCUAGCUGCGAAAUCUAGCCUUUGAUAUGUGUUAUUCUUUACUACAAUAUGAGAUCAACUUGGGAUUGUCACCGCAACUAUGCUUAUUGUGUUAAAAUCAUUUGUAAUACAAAGGCGAACAUGGAAAGGUCUGCGAACCAAAGAAGUUUUUCUGUUCUGUCGAAUAACUCAUAAGGAAACCGCAGCGGCGAACAAGGAAAUCUGCGAUGAGAAGUUGUUAUUUAUUGCAAACUGUCGACUGCUUGUUUACUCUACAACUAUAAGAUAUGAGGAAAAAGGCAGAAAAACCAUCAGCUUCUACUAGUGACGAGACUGCCUUGUGCGAGGCAGCCCAGCAGCAAACAGAUACAAAACGCCGAAAAACUCGUGCUAUGGCCGUCCUAGGAGAGUAUAUGAGAUACUUUGGUGGGGUCAACAGUCUUUAUCGAAAUAUAGUACAAAGACAAGGUGAAGUCUUGACAAAACAUGGUAGGAACGGCUGGAGGACACUCUCACACACUGAUCAGGAUCGAGCUUUCGAUAAUCACAUAGUCAGUAAAUUUGUUGCCCAAAAGAAUUGGAGUACAGAAUUAGCAAAUCGAACAAAUUCAAAUGAAAGUAGCUCUGGUAAUUCCAAGACCAGGCAAAAAGCACGCCGAGACAGUUUACAAUCAUAUACGGAAUUCGAAUACAUUGAUAGCUUCAGUGGACAAUUCACUUGGAAAUCAAAGUCACUCCAAGACCUCAAAUUUCCUCCGACACCCGACAUGAACGAAAGUAGACACCGAGGAGAUGUAAAUGGAAGAACAAGCAAAGAACUGAGGGAUCUGAUUCAGCUCAAUGGUUCUGAAGGGUCAGAGGCAUCAGAAUCAGAAGAAGAAGUGACUCAAUAUGUGACAUUAGAUCAGUUGAAGAAAGAACUCCGUAGAAAUUACGAAGAACAACAGGCAGCACGGUUGAAAAUGCGUCAAAUGGAAGCUGAAAAGCAUCCUGGAUCUCCGAGAAUCCCAGAAAAAAUAACGAAGACUGCUGUUCUCGAAAGAAUUAGUUUGAGUAACGCAGGCCCACAAACAGCUAAAAAACCUGAACUGAAAAGAAUGACGAUUUCAGCAGCUGAUCUGAAAUCAGCAAGUGCCUUGAAGCCAGUAAACCGAGAGAAACUAAAGUCUCAUGUAGACAAGCCACAAGAAAAUGGUGCAAGCAGUGUUUCUCCAUCAUUGCCAGAAACAAAGCCACGACCAAAAUCACACCACCGGACCGAGCCAAUUACUCUGAAGCAAAGCCCGCAAAAGCCUACUUUCCAAGACUUUGACGAAAUUCUUUUGGCUGCGGAGGAGUCUCAUCGCAAGCGAACUCAGAGUAGCGGAAGUAAAAUUGGCGUAUCGUUACGUCACGAUUCUAUUGCAUCAAACGAUAAAUCAUCCAGAUCGGGAUCAAUUUCUAUAAAUAGCGGUUCACCAGAUAAGAAGUCAGUAAAAGAAAUAUCGGAAGAUUGGAAUCAGUACUUUUCGCAGAAAAGCAAUGUUCAGAGCCCAUCAAAUAAUGGAAAUCCUGACAUUAUGGAUCUAUUCAAGGAUUGGUAGCCAUAACCAGCGCAAAAUGAUUGAAAUAAUUUAAUGAAUAAGUAUAGUAAGUGAGAAGCACGUAUUUUGGUAAAUUUAUUCUUCAUUCAAGUUAUGUUUAUAAAAAAAAAUUAUUUUAACGUGUUGUUGUGGAAUCGUUAAAAGAAUAGCAGAGGUUAAAUGAUGGAACCCGAAAGGAAAUCUUCUAAAUAGAUCAACUGAUAAACUUCAAAUAUGUUUUUAACUGAUUUAAUUCAAAUCUGUUAGCAGUUUGUGUUUUAAGCAGAUAAGCAGCAAAUUCACUCCGCAUAUAUGUAUGUUAAAUUUUUAUUUUUUUAGAUGCAUAAAAUGCAUUUUUAUGUUGCUUGUUCCAAACUUUUAGGUGAAAGUUUAGUACAAUGCUAAUUAAGCUUAUUUUUCAGAUAAACCAUGGUAUUAUAAUGAGGUGUAUUUGCAACGUAUUUUCUAGCAUAAUCGAAGCAUGCCUUAUUUCCCUUGAAUGGAAAUGUUAUUAAUGGGGAUUAACCUUUGAUUAAGAAAAGAUAACGUGACACCUGUAUCAGCUUAUGGGACCCAGCAGGCAUCGUUUCCCGCUGUUUUGUUAAGAUUAUAUGCUAAAAAUUACUUUUGUCAGCAGGGCUCCCUCGACUCUGAAAGGAAUCCCACAAAAAACUCUUUCGACCCUGAAAUGCUUGAUCAAAUUCUAAAAUGUCUCUGAAUCAGCCAUUGAAAAAGUAAUGUUAGAAAUGAGAAAUAGUACCUCGGUUGCGUUUUAUGAUCUGUAAUAUAACAAAAACUGUAUUAUAUCUUAGGCUCUACUUUCCCUUGUGUUUAGUUUAGUUUGUGUUCGGUAGCGGAUGCGAUAUGCAUUUGCUAAACUGUUUUAGAUCUAUUCUAUGGUUUUGGUACGGGAUUUGUGAAGAGAAAUCGUGUUCGUAUUCUUUCUAUGAAAGACAAACAGUAGCUAUUUCGUGGCAACAUAAGUGACGUAAAAUGGCUGCAUAAAUAAGGAAAUUGUUAAUGUUUGAUGGUUUUUUAAUUGUUCGUUCUUUCUUUAGAUCAAUGUAGGAAAUUGCUUAUGAAUUUCAAAUCUGUUUCAAAUUUUCAAUAUUCUUGUUGAAUAUUUUCAAUAUUCAAUAUUCAAUAUAUAGACGACAAUUGUCCCUGUAGUCCCAACUGCAAACUAUCCUUAUAAUCUGCUACUAUAUUGUGAUUUCUUGACAUGUCUUCUGACUCGGUUGAUAUAUCUUGUAGCAAAAAUAAUGUUCCACUAAAUUUGUUAUUCCCCUGUUGUUUUUAAGUGUUCUAUAUCAUUUAACCAUCUCAUUAUUUCAAACCUAUCCAAAUUCAUGGCACUCGUUGUUUGUAGUAUCUGUUAGUAGAAAAGUUUUUUAGCGUGAGGCUUUGUACAUAAAUUAAUUUUGUAAAUAUACAGUCAUUUAUGUAUUAAAGGAUUGUCACUGU